GGUUUGAAAGAUAAAACUUUUUAAAUUUCGGUCAUUCAAAACAAAUCUGCAUGCAUGCAUGACGAAGAGUGUGCCAGCCGCCGCACGCUAAUAACAAUAUGUAGCGCAGUUAGUUAGAUUUUCCCUUUUUUCUUUUAGAGGAACUUGACACUGUUGGGCCCAACAACCGACUCGAUUCCAAGUCGGUAAAUGAACCCGUCUUCUUCCCCUCAAAAAAAUAAAUAAAAAUGAACCCGUCUUCUUCCCAGGGUCGGACCGGAUCUAAUCGAUUUAGCUACCCCACCUCUCCCUCCCGUCCCCCACGAAAACCCCCGACCCGCCACUAAACCCCAGCCAUGGCUGCCGCCGCUGCCAAAUCUGAUGAUGAGGACAACUACGAGGAGUACAUCCCCGUCGCCAAGCGCAGGGCCAUGGAGACUGAUCGCUUCCGCCACCAGCGCCUUGCCAAGCCCGCCGUGCCCUGCCCCGUCUCCCUCCCACCGCCUCCGCCCCCACCCACGAACAACUCCACCCCCGCCACCAAGCCCAGCCUCCUCAUCACGUCCACACUGCUCAAGCGAGCCGCCCCGGAGAUCACCCCCACCGAGCGGUUGAUACAGGAGGAGCAGAAGAUUGACGAGGAAGCAUCCUACCGCACCACGCUCAAGCCCGUGGGGGAGAUCGCCAAGGACAUCACCUACACUGAGCCGCUCCACACCGGCUGGAAGCCGCCGCUGCGGCUCCGCUACAUGCCACGCCACAAGGCCGACGAGCUCCGACGCAAGUGGCACAUCCUCGUUGAGGGCGACGAGAUCCCACCGCCUGCCCGCGACUUCUGCGACCUCCGGUUCCCCGAGCCCAUCUCCCGCAUGCUCCGGGAGAAGGGCAUCGUGCAGCCCACGCCCAUCCAGGUGCAGGGGCUCCCCGUGGCGCUCUCCGGACGCGACAUGAUUGGCAUCGCCUUCACCGGCUCCGGGAAGACGCUGGUGUUCGUGCUUCCGCUCAUCAUGGUGGCGCUGCAGGAGGAGAUGAUGAUGCCGAUCGUGCCUGGGGAGGGUCCCUUUGGGAUGAUCAUCUGCCCAUCACGGGAGCUGGCCAAGCAGACAUAUGAUGUCAUUGAUAUGUUCCUCACUCCGCUCAAGCAGGCUGGGUUCCCGGAAAUACGACCGUUGCUUUGCAUUGGGGGUGUAGACAUGAGGACGCAACUCGAUGUGGUGAAGAAGGGCGUACAUAUUGUGGUCGCCACACCUGGACGGCUCAAGGAUCUUCUCGCCAAAAAGAAGAUGAACCUUGACAAUUGCAGGUAUUUAACUUUAGAUGAAGCUGACAGGCUUGUUGAUCUUGGAUUUGAGGAUGAUAUUCGGGAGGUUCUUAACCAUUUCAAGGUAAAAGAUAAUUUCAAGGCACCAAGGCAAACCCUUCUUUUUUCUGCCACUAUGCCGAAGAAGAUUCAGAACUUUGCAAUGAGCGCCCUCGUGAAGCCAGUUGUUGUCAAUGUUGGAAGAGCUGGAGCAGCAAAUCUUGAUGUCAUUCAAGAAGUUGAGUAUGUCAAGGAAGAUGCCAGAAUUAUAUACCUCCUUGAAUGUCUUCAAAAGACUCCACCUCCAGCUCUUAUCUUUUGUGAAAACAAAGCUGAUGUUGACUACAUCCAUGAGUAUCUUCUUCUAAAGGGUGUUGAAGCAGUUGCAAUCCAUGGAGGAAAAGAUCAGGAGGAAAGACAGGGCGCGAUUGAGUUCUUCAAGAAUGGAAAGAAGGAUGUUUUGGUAGCUACUGAUGUUGCCUCAAAGGGUCUUGAUUUCCCUGAUAUCCAGCAUGUGAUUAACUAUGAUAUGCCCGCCGAGAUAGAGAACUAUGUCCACAGGAUUGGUCGAACUGGUCGAUGUGGAAAAACUGGAAUAGCAACUACAUUCAUCAACAAGAACCAGACAGAGACUACGCUUCUUGACCUGAAGCAUUUGCUCAAGGAAGCGAAGCAAAGAAUCCCACCAGUACUUGCUGAGCUCGUUGACCCGCUGGAGGAUGCUGAAGCUAUCGCUAAGGCGAGUGGUGUAAAGGGAUGUGCAUCAUGUGGUGGCCUUGGGCAUCGUAUUGCUGACUGUCCUAAGCUGGAGCACCAGAGGUCCGCGGCGAUGGCUGAAAAAAGAGAUUACUACGGUGGUGGAGGUUACCGAGGAGAAAUAUGAUUUCCUCAUAUUACUGUGUAUAUGCUGUUUCAAGAACUAAAAUGCUGCAACGUAAGUUCAUCCAUGCUUGAGAUACACCAUACCUUACCUUAUAUGUGUGGACAUCAAUAAACAAUGAGAUGACAAUCCAGAUACAGUAGGAAACUCUUUUUUUCUUUUCUGGAGGGUGUUCGCAAGUCAAAACCUAGUAAUGCAUGUUGCUUGUGUGGUGCACAAGGUGCCACCCACUUCCAUCACACCCUGUACCACACACCCAUGUGAAACAGACUGCCUUUUGUUGUUGUACCAAAUGAUGCUUUUUAAUCUCCUUUGGUAGCCGGACCCACCAAGAAAUUUGUAGGGAUCUUUAAAGGAAUAAUAUGGGCGUUUCUUUGCCUUUAAUUAAUGGUUUCAGAUAGCAUGUGAAUCAUCAUACAAUCCUCCAGAAGAACAUCGAGACAUUUCAAACUGAACUUUCAAAUCCAUCUGGUCCAUUACUAUUAAGGUUUGAAAGUUCUAAAGAUUAAGUGCCAUGAGCAUGUUAUGAUACCAAGAGUAUAACACCAUACGGAGGUUUCAAAGGUCCAGUGUGAAAUUGACUUGACAGUUGCCAUGCUGACUAUAAGGGACAGAAAUUAGGCCAGUUUUGUUCCUAGUGGGUCAUGAGCAAACCUAACAGCUGAGCUCCACUUGAUGGACAAUGACAUUGUGACAUUCAUACUAGAAAGCGGGUAGCUUGCUUAUCUAGAACGCGACUGGGACUUAACGACCAUUUUUAAUUAUUAAGCUUAGGUUUGGUGUCCUAUUGCAUAGAGAGUGGUUCAAAGCAAUGAAGUUGUUGCAUUGUCGUAACAUUGCUCUAGGACCUAAAGAACUUACCGAAGACCCUAAUGAACCACCAUUACUCAUAUGGCAGGAAAAUAUCGUCACAAAUGCAACUU